AUUUCUAAGGUUUGAUUGUAGGGAAAAGGAACAGAUGCAAUCCAGUGUAUAUUCCUAAACACAAAGGAAAUAAAGAAAGUUCAACUACAUGAUGAAACAUUCAAGAAAAUGCAUAAUCUUAGAAUGGUCAAGAUCAAGUCCUAUAAUAGCAAUGGGAAUGACUCAAAUGUGAGCUUUGAUGCGUUUCGAUUUCCUGAUCAUUUAAAAUUUCUUUUUUGGGAGGCAUUUCCUCAAAAAUCUUUGCAGCAAAACUUUUUUUGUCGGGAAAAUCUUGUUAUACUUGAAAUGAUUCGUAGCAAUCUUGAACAACUUUGGGAGGAGGAUCAGGUCUUACCAAGUUUGAAAAAGCUUAACCUUAGCAAUUCUAUGAUGCUGCAAGGAUUGCCAGACCUCUAUAAUUUGUGUCCAAAUAUCGAAGAUGUAAUUCUCAGUGGUUGCAUAAGUUUGAUACAUGUUUACUCCUCUAGCUUCCUCAACAACCUUAACAGGUUAUGUUUAGAUGGUUGUAGUAAACUGGAGAGUGUAAUGAUUCGUAGCAAUAUUUUAUCAAGAUCAUCUGGAUUAGUUGCUCUCCAUGGUUGUCACAAUCUUAAAAUUCUCUUGUACUGAUGACAGAACAGAGAAAUAUUUUACUGGUUUCAUAUUUUACUGA